AAAGAAAUGAAGAAAGGGUGAUAAUCAUAUUAUUAAUAUUAUCUCUCUUUUAUAAAUAUCCAUUCUCCGUUCCUAUUUCGUCUUCCUUCCUCUGUUUUCCUUUACUCAGUUUUUAAUUUUCUUCUCUUCUGAUCAAUCUCCGGUAUCUCAGUGUAUUGAAGCAACAUGGGGGGUGGAAAAGACAACCACGACGAAUCUGACAGAGGACUGUUCUCAAACCUUGCUCAGGGUCUUGCUGGUGGGCAUGGUGGUCAUGGAGGGUCUGGAUACCCUCCAGGGCAUUACCCUCCGCAACAAGGCGGCUACCCACCUCAAGGAGGCUACCCGCCUCAAGGUGGCUACCCACCGCAAGGCUAUCCUCAACAUGGUGGCGGCUACCCACCACAAGGCUAUCCUCAACAAGGUGGCUACCCACCUCAAGGGUAUCCUCCUGCUGGUUAUCCAGGGGGUCAUGGUUCACAUCAAUCUGGAGGUCAUAGCUCACAUCAUGGAGGUGGAUCAGGCAUGGGAGCCAUGGGUGGAAUGCUAGCUGGAGGUGCUGCAGCCGCUGCAGCAGCUUAUGGAGCUCAUAAGUUGACACAAGGCUCUCAUGGUGGUGGUCUUUUUGGCAGUUCCCACGGAGGCCACGGUGGCGCUCCUUUUGGUGGUGGUCACUUCGGUGGUGCCUAUGGUCAUCAUGGAGGGAAGUUUAAGCAUGGGAAGCAUGGGAAGUUCAAGCACGGAAAGUUCGGCAAACAUGGGAAAGGUCAUGGAAUGUUCGGUGGCGGGAAGAAAUUCAAGAAGUGGAAGUAAUACAGUUGUGCCCUUCUCAGUAUACAAACUUAAUAACUCUAAUGGUUGAUUAGCACAGCUUAGCUUUACUUAUAGCUGUGGCGUAUGUACCUCUGUGCCCAAGGAUUAUUUUGGAUGUAGUGUUAUAUUUCUUGUCAUGUAUUUUUUCUUUUGUGGCCUGACUCAGUUGUGUGGCAUCGUCUUGACCACUGCAAUAUAGAUAUAUACAUAAAUGGCGUGUGGCUUGUCUAUC